AUGUCUUCGCCCUCUCCCGGGACACCGGCCAGCUACCCGAAUGAUGACCAGACCCCCGAGCUCUCUCGUGCCGCCAGCUACACCGAGCUUCCCAGCCAAGCAGCAACAGAACCUCCGACAUUAAGACGUACCUUUUCCGACUAUGCUGUUCCAAAUGUGGCAGAAUCACCGACAAAGGAAAGUGUGGCUGCGGGGAAGGACAUCCUCCGACGAACCUCGUUACGCUCCAAGGACAAGCCAAAGUCAACCCCCGUGUCCCGUUUCACACUGUCAUCAUCGGAGGAUUUGACGGACGCAGAAUCAAAUAUACCAGAAACUAGGGCUCCGGAGCCGGCGGUGCGGCCAUCCAAAAGCCUGUCAAUGUCAGGGCGGAUAGUCAGCUUGGCGAGAAAACCCUGGGGCUCAUCCUCCCGAUCCCCCUCACCUUCAGCGAAAAGAUCCAGACAGCAAGAUUCCCCAGACCCAACUCGGACCACCGGUAGAACCACAGACGAUGAUCAGAUGCCGCCCUCCCGCCGACGGACGAUCCUUUACAAACGCCCGCGUCGCCCAAUGCUAGCUGUCGUGGCCAAGGGACCUGAAGACAGUCCGAGUUCACCGAGCAGUCCGACGACCAAUCCACUACGGCACCGAACCUCAUUCGAGAAGUUUACAGCGUCGCUUUCGGUCACAACCCCGGUGUUACCACCUAUGCCAAGAGGAGCCGUAGAAACUGCAGCGGCGUAUGCGAAUAGCGGUGUCGAUCGUGCACGCCAGAAGGAUGAGCUUUGGAGCAUCUUUCGCGGUUUGGAAGCCGACUUUCAAAAGUUCCAAGCCAAAUCUAGCUCGCUCAAAGCCAAUGUCAUCCGCACCUCCCUCCUCCCUUUCCUCAGUCGCCCUCAGAUGCACGCUUCGUGCAAGAACCUCAGGCCGGAGGAUCUCGAUCGUCGGGUCAAUAUUCUCAAUAAAUGGUGGAUUGGGAUGUCGGAGAUGCUCAAUGGCAAGAAUAACCAAUCGAUCUCGGGAACCGACCGACCAGUGUAUCUGGAAGCUGUGGUGGGGAUCAUGGCUCGACCAGAAUGGCGCAUCCCCUUUCCCAUGGCCCAAGGCAGUGGACCUACAGAUUCGUUGAACUAUGCAUCGACUUCGGUGUCGGAAACAUCGGAUGUGUCAGGUUCCUCGGGCUCGGAUUUCUUGGUUGAGUCGAUUCAUCACAACAUUCGGAACAUCUUCAUUCAAAAUUUGCUAUCUCAGAUGGCAUUCGUGGUGGAGCGAAUGUCUAUGAGACAUGCACCAGCUAGUUUGGUCGCUUUUUGUGGGAAGGUCUGCGCGUAUGCCUUUUUCUUCUGUCCCGGGGUGCCUGAAAUCCUGGUCCGCCUGUGGUGCACACCUCCCAAGAUGUUCCGGCGUAUUUUAUCGGAAUCUGGAGGUUUACGCGCUGGAGACCGUGCAUACACACAGGAGCUCGCCCUGUCCUUUCCACCGGCUCUCCGCCCUCUCGCAUACCACUCUCAAGCGCCUCUGUUGCGCUACCUGCGCCAGAGCCCUGAGCUACCCUUGAAUACCACCCCUAUCGAUUGGAAUCGACCUUGGGUCACGCGAUGGGCUGGACGCGACACAGACCUGUUCUUUGUCUUUGUGAAAUACAUCCAUAUCCUGUAUGCGGAGUAUAUUCCCUCGGAAACCGAGAAGGCAAAGCGGAUAUUGGCACCUGGACUAUUGAUGGUUCAUGCCCAGCUCCUUUCCAUUAUAGAGGACACGAUCUACAAGCAGUCAGCGCAGCCACUAAACGAAAACCCUUACACAGUUGCUGCAAUUACUUUCGACGAUUUCAUAGAGUCACCGGAUACUUCUGCUGCGCCUCACCAUCUCCGAAACGGCAGCAACAGCCAUCGAUCGAUGGCAGAGAACCGUUUGGUUGUCCUCCUACGAGAUUUACUCUCCGAAUCGUCGGUUGAACCAAACCGUGCUCGUUUACUGUUUGCCGAAUCAUUCUGUGGCAUCAUCAAAGCUGCUGCGCAGAACAUAUCCCUCUAUGAUCAUCCUGCAUGUUUCUUGCUGUGUGACUUGCUGGAAGAGAUCAUUCCAAUUGUCACCCGCUACGCUCAGUCGAUUGAAACGGAGCUGUUCGAUUGGAACUUUUGGCUUGCCGUUUGUCGUCAAAUGAUGCAGAGUCACAACUCGCUCACCGAAAUCCGCGUAUUCUCUUUCCUGUUCAGUGUCUGGGGCAUCUGGACUGCCACAGACGAAAGGAAGGCAACUCUCUGCCUGGACUUUUUGUUGCAUGAACCGGUAUUCUACUACUAUUUCAAUCACUGGAGUCCAAUGGUGCGAGCGUAUUUCCAUCGUUUGUUGUGUUGGAGAGUCGGGCGAUUCAACCCGGAUCCCUCUUCUCUUGACUCGAACAUCUAUGAAGUACUUUCAGAUCGACUCCUGCGAGUCUGGGAGUAUUACAUUGCGUUCCAAUCCAAGGCCGAAGAGGACAUGACAGCCCCACUGUCCUCUGCUCCCUGCACACCAGCUCCCGGGCGAAGAAUCAUCAUUAUCCGAUGCGACAACCACCUGUCUCCAGUCAAUCUUUUUGUCAGCUUCGACCGGGUCGUUCCCCCCGUGCCUUCAGACCAACUUGUGUCACAACACCGACGAACGGGAUCUUCCGACUCCAAUAACUCCGAUAGUCAACCACCUAAAAAGCGAUGGGGGCUCUUCAAGGCCAUGUUCGGCAGUUCUUCCAGCACACGUUCCGCCGAGGGCGUCAGCAGCAGUCCUGAUGACUCUGAUGGCGUAUCCGAUCUUACAGUGACGCCCGAUAGCAAGUGUAAGGAUGACCAUGAGAAAACUCCGAGCAACAGUACGGACGAACUCAGCCGCCCCAAAACUCCGCACCAGCCAUUCUUCUUCAAAUUCUCCCUCGAAUGGACGGACCGCCCACUUGGCCCGACCAAAAACAAGCGUCUUUUCCCCCCUUGUCUCCCUGUCGCAUCCCAGUUGCACGUCGAGAAUCGACGAUCUCCUGACCGAUCGGAGUAUGACACAGCCUCGGAGGAUCCAGUCCAGUCCGAGAUUGAGGCUGAUCAGGAAUCCCAACCCCCCGCCGACCAAGAUACCCCUACACAACUUACUUCAGAUACAUGGCCGCGAACACCCACAAACAAAAACUCUCCCCUUCCCGAUCUCCCCCUCAACCUUCCUACGACCAUCUUGUGCCUAGCAAAUAUGCAGGCCGUGCCCUCGCGGAAUGGGCACAUGUUGUCUCCGAAUGCGACAGCUUUUUCGCCCGUCGGCGUGACGAGGGCGUCCCAAAUGAUGGCAUGGUGGAGACGCCAGCUUUGGGAGCUGAUAGCUUCCGCAAAUAAGCGUCGCAAAAGUGCAUUCCGGCAGACACAUUAUAGACUCUUGACAUGUUCAGGCUGA